AUGCGUCCGUUCCGACCCUUGUUCCGCAUUUCUCGCGCGCUUGAGCUUCCCCACAACUACACAUCACAGCGCACCCUACGCACAAGUCAGAUAUGUAGUAGGCAACUACACUCGUCUCAGAGUCGCCAUGUCGAUCUCCCUCGAAGCAGCAGACCAGAAAAGCCAGAUCCUCUGGAGGAAUGGCGCAAUCCCGAACCCAGCAAAUGGCCGAACCGGAUAAGACUGCUCUUUGUGCCAUUCAUCGGGGCUCUGGUCUACACUAUGUGGACAGAUGACACAAUCAAGACUGAAGGACCAACCAUCGCCGAGAAAGACGCUCUCCUCAAGCGCGAAAAUGGCGUAUCCGAACAAUCCCCCAUGCGCCUCCGGAUGGAGCAAUUCAUAAAACAGCAACAAAAGCAAAUUGUCGCUGAGCUUGAAAAGGUUGAUGGCACAAAAUUCAAAAUCGACACAUGGCAGCGCCCUGAAGGCGGCGGCGGCAUAACCUGCGUCCUGCAAGACGGCAACGUCUUUGAAAAAGGCGGCGUGAACACCUCUGUCGUCUAUGGCCGCCUCCCCCGCGCUGCCAUUCAAAAGAUGCGCGUAAACCACAAAGCACUCGACCCAGACGUCGACUCGCUCGCCUUCUUUGCCGCCGGUCUCUCCAUGGUGCUGCACCCGCACAACCCCAACGCGCCCACCGUGCACCUCAACUACCGCUACUUCGAAACCGCCGACGACAACGGCAACACAACCGCAUGGUGGUACGGCGGCGGCUGCGACCUCACACCCUCGUACCUCUACGAUGAAGACGCCAUUCUCUUCCACAACACCAUCAAACACGCCUGCGACAAGCACGACAAAGCCUACUACCCGCGCUUCAAAAAAUGGUGUGACGAAUACUUCAACAACAAGCACCGCGGCGAAACCCGCGGCGUCGGCGGCAUCUUCUUCGACGACCUCGACGAAACAGAGAAAGACCAGGAGCAACUCUUCUCCUUCAUCCAGGAUUGCCUCACUGCCUUCCUGCCCUCCUACAUCCCCAUUAUCAAUCGCAGAAAGGACAUGCCCUUCACCCCCGAAAUGAAGCAGUGGCAGCAGAUUCGCCGCGGAAGAUAUGUAGAGUUUAAUCUCGUCCACGAUAGGGGUACCGCGUUUGGACUUAAUACCCCCGGAUCCCGCGUAGAAAGUAUCCUCAUGAGCUUGCCGCUUACGGCCCGCUGGCAGUAUAUGCAUGCGCCUGAGAAGGGCAGUAGGGAGGAGAGAUUGCUUGAAGUGCUAAGGAAGCCAAAGGAGUGGGUGUAG